AUGAGGGCGCCGUCGAGUCGCGCGGAGGCCGAGCUGCUCGGCCGUGGGCGCAGACGCGCGGGGGCGUGGUGCUGCGCGCGCACGGCGUGUCGGCGUCGCGCGAGGCUGCCGCGUCGAGCUGCUCGUUCGCGCCCUGGUGCUGCCGCGCCGUCGGGCGAGCGGGGACCGCGAGCGGGGGCCGCGCCGUGCGGGCGCGUGGAGCCGCCCGUGGCCGCGCCGUGCGGGCGCGUGAAGCCGCGGAGGACGCCGCCGUCGGGGGCCGCGCAGGCCGCCUCGUGCCGCGCGGCGCGCGUGGGCCGCGCCGUGCGGGCGCGUGGAGGAGCCUCGGAGGCCGCGCACCGCAGGCGGGGGGCCGUGGCCGUGCCACGCGCGUGCGGGCGAACGGGAGCUGCGGCGUCGGGUCACCGUGCCGAGGCCGCAACGGGCGUCGCGCGAGGCCACCGCUCGGGGCAGGCCGCUGAGGUCGCGCGGUGGUCCGUCGAGUCCGCGAACGGAGGAGGUGGUGGCGGCGGUGGUGGUGCAGCGAGCGCCGGGUCGACGAAGUACGCCGGCAGACGAGUCGGCGCCGACAUCCGCGCCGCGAUGGUUGGUGGAGACGGACGGCGCGGGGGCGGGCUGUGCGCAGCCUGCUCGGAAGACGGCGUCGGCGUCGGGUACCGAAUCGGCAACUGCGGCUCUAUGCCCAGUGACAGCCAUUGGCUGGCCACCAUGGAUGGUGGCGGUGGUGGGCACGGGCCGUCGCCGUGGAGCGGGCACCGAGGCCGGGGUGGAGCCGGCAAGGCGAGGACCGGCGCUGGAGGUGCUGGUGGAGUUGGUGCCCUCGACGGUGGCGCCGCGGGCGGAGCCGCGGAUGGCGCCGCGGGCGAAGCGAUGGACGACACCACCGAACGCCGUGACAGAGGGCCGACGUUUGCAUGUCGGUUUCCCCCGAAACGACGUCGUACAGGAAAACGCCCGGGGUUCCUGUUGAGAUCACGGCGUUCGCCCCGAAAGCGAUAG